GUACGGGAUGGUACGGUGUAGAGACCCUGUCAGGAACGGUAUGAGACAGAUAUUAUCGCGGAAUCGACCUAAUUCGGCACUUCCGGGCUGAAAAAUACAACACAAUAACAGAAAAAUACAUGUUUACUAGUAUCAUAAACGAGUUUGAGGUUCAUCUUAGCAUUGUACAAACUUGGAGAACAGAAGAUCUAGUCAGCUAGUGGUUUUAAGGGUUGGCAGUUAAUUUUGUACAUUCUGGAAAAAGUCAGCUCCCCUGCAAGACAAAGAGAACAGACAACUUGCAACAGAAGUAAAAGGUAGGAAUAGGUUAUUGCAUCCAAACUUGGAAUUUAGGAUGUUGUAAUGGAGGCAAUGGUUUAAGAUGUAUUUUGGGUUGCUUAGAUCAAGAUCAAGGUUAUUGUUAUUAGAUACAGAAAAGUGGUUUUCUCACGAUAACUUCAGUUAGGAAUGAUGUAAGAAGACCAAACUGAAAGCAGGCUGUGGAGACAGAAUAGUUACAAGAGAUGAAACACACUGUAAAUGAUACCUGACUUUGGAAUAUGUCUGCCACAAGUACCACGUCUACCAUUAAGCCUAUAGUAAAUAAAGAUGUUCAAGUGUCAAAGACAUCUCAGACCACUGAGUAUGAGAAAUCACUACGCAUUGUCCUUGGGACGGUGUUUGGUGUGUUUGGGUUCCUAGCGAUCCUGAUUGUGGUUCUCCUCGUUUACAGAUUCUGUAAGAACAGAAACAGAAGCAGCAGAUCAGGGAGUUCCGACAGAAAUCCAAGUUUACACAGAUCUGUUUCUGUAGAUCUUGAACAAAAGCAGGUGCCUACUGUCUUGUUGCUGUACUCCUAUGACUGUAGUGCACAUGAGAAAGUGGUCGAGGCUCUGGCGGGUUUCCUUAUUGAAACAUGCAACUGUAACGUCCAUCUUGACAUGUUUGAGGAGCAGCUUAUAAUGGAACGAGGCUUAGACGAGUGGUUGGUGGAUAAUCUACAGGAGGCCGAGUUUAUUAUUGUGCUCAGUUCGAUUGGUGCAAGACUAAGGUGUAGUAAAAAGAAAGUCAGAUUCAAACUUGAGGAUGGGAAAAUAUUACCGGAUUAUUUUGCAGUGGCUGUGGAUUAUGUUGCUGAAAAAAUGAGAGUUGAGAGAUCAAAAGGAAUGCCGUUGACUACAUUUUGUGUAGCUUAUAUGGAUUAUUCAACCGAAAGUGAUAUUCCACCACAGCUAGAAAUGGCUUUCAAAUUUUGUUUAAUGAAGGAUAUAACUGCAUUAUUUUGUCAUUUACAUGGAAUUCAUGGUGAACCAACUAAAGAUGGUGCUCCUAUUGCUGGUUUAACACCAGAGACAUUUGAAACAACAGAAAUGGGGCAAGAAUUAAAAGUUGCUAUUGAAUCAGCCAAAGAGUAUUUCAAAUCAAAUCCAGACUGGGUCGAAGAUAGAAUAGAACCUGUGCCAAAUCCAGUGAAAAAGUCCCGUCAUAAUCGUAAAAAUUCCCUAGAGCCACUUUUGUUGCCGUCACAAGAAGACCCAUCAUUACCGCCACAAAAAAGCCACAUAGUUUCUACUGAGAUUACAGUCCAACCCUUGCCAAAGAUGACAUCACAUUCCCAGCAGAUGCCGGCCAUUUCUGCUCAAAACCGACAAAAUUCGUUUCCGUCAUCAUUAAGCAGCAGACAGACUUUAUCUACACCACCUCUAAACAAAAGCUCUAAGAGUUGUGAUAAUUUCCCAAAAGAAGCAGGCAGCAGAUGUGACCUUUGUGGACUGAAGGGUCACACUAUGGGCAGUUCAGAAUGUAAUAUUAAACAGUUCAUGCCAACUCAGGAAUCUGAAAACGACGAUAGUGUCAAAUUAAAAUCUAAAUCCAUGCCAGCUGUGAAUAGAAACAGCUUAUUCAGUUCACAGACAAUAUUUCAAGCUGAAGUUCACAAAGAAUGGGAUGAUCAAGAUGGCCGCUUGUCUCAAGCAGACUCCCAUGAAACAAGCUCCAAUCAUGAAUCUAUUGUUGAUGAUUUGGAAAGAGAUUUAGACUCCAUUGUUAACCCCAUCCACAUCUCAAGGCCUUCUUUCUCUCAUUCAGACUAUGAUAAUUUGAGAAGUGCUUAUUCAAAGUUAAACUUUCCAACUAGAAUGGAAAACAUUUCUGAAAUUGGAAACAAAAAAUGUGUGUUUACAGAUAUUCAAGCAUUUGAACCAGAUCAUAUUCAUGGUGAUGCAACUGCUUUGAACUUUAUGUCACAUGACCAGAAAUGCAAUGAGGUUGUGCAGAUUCAGUUGGAAGAUAUUAAAUUGUGAUUUGUUAAAUGUGAGCAAAUCGGACGUUUUAGUUUCCGUUUUAAGAUGAGCUUUUGUGAUCACCCUGUGUCCGUCGUCCGUCCGUCAGUCGUCCGUCAUCAACAGUUUGACUGUUAACACUCUAGAGGUCACAAUUUUGGCGCAAUCUUAAUGAAACUUGGUCAGAAUGUUACCCUCAAUAAAAUCUUGGACGAGUUUGAUACCGGGUCAUCUGGGGUCAAAAAUUAGGUCAUCAGGUCAAAUCAAAGGAAAAGCUUGUUAACACUCUAGAGGUCACAAUUUUGGCCCAAUUUUAAUGAAACGGUCAGAAUGUUACCCUCAAUGAAAUCUUAGACAAGUUUAAUAUUGGGUCAUCUGGGGUUAAAAACUAGGUCACCAGGUCAGAUCAAAGGAAAAGCUUGUUAACACUCUAGAGGUCACAAUUUUGGCUUAACCUUAAUGAAACUUGGUCAGAAUGUUACCCUCAAUAAAUUCUUGGAUGAGAUUGAUAUUUGGUCAUCUAGGGUAAAAACUAGGUCACCAGGUCAGAUCAAAAGAAAAGCUUGUUAACACUGUAGAGGCCACAUUUAUGACUGUAUCUUCAUGAAUCUUUGUCAGAAUGUUAAUCUUGAGGGUCUUAAGGUUCCAGUUUGAAUCUGGGACAUGUAGGAUCAAAAACUAGGUCACCAGGUCAAAUCAAAAGAAAAGCUAGUUAACACUGUAGAGGCCACAUUUAUAACCGUAUCUUAAUGAAACUUGGUCAAAAUGUUGAUCUUGAUGAACUAUAGGUCAAGAUAAAAGCUGGGUCAGGUUGGGUCAAAAACUAGGUCACUUGGUCAAAUCAAAGGAAAAGCUUGUUAGCACUCUAGAGGCCACAUUUAUGACUAUUUCUUCAUGAAACUUAGUCAGAAUGUUAAUCUUGAUGAUCUUUAGGUCAAGUUCAAAUCUGGGUCAUGUGGGGUCAAAAACUAGGUCACUAUGUCAAAUCAAAGGAAAAGCUAGUUAACACUUUAGAGACCACAUUUAUGACCAUAUCUUAAUGAAACUUGGUCAGAAUGUUAAUCUUGAUGAUCUUUAGGUCAAAAUUUCAGGUGAGCGAUACAGGGCUUUCAUGGCCCUCUUGUUUUAUUUGAGUAUUUAAUCAAAUUUAUUUUCUAGCCUUUGAAAUGUGUGCAAUCCUGCUUUUGUUUCAGUUAACUUAUAACCCAGAGCCGAUCAGAGAUAUUGUGUAUGACAUAGCACUAACAUUAACCGUGUAAAAUUAUGGGUAAUAUUUCCAUAGUUGAACAGAAAACUAGUUAAACUCCAGUAUUUAACUUUGUCACAAGUUAUAAAAAUUUUCUGUUAAUCUGUUGAUACAAAACUUUUGCCUAUGUUGCAUUUGGCCAUGUAAAAUUGUUGCACCAUACUUUUGGAUAUUUUAGCAUUGUCCAGUUUUGAACUGUUUUACAUACAGUCUCAAUAUUGGUACAUUCAAUUUUCACCUUUCAGUAUGGGUGCAUGUAACAAGUUAGGCCCCAUUUAUUAACUAUGAGCAAAUAUUCCAAAGUAUGGUAAUUUAGUAUGCCAUUCUGUGAUAAAAUAUUUUGUGUACAUAUUAUAUAACCAGAAAUAUUUUACAUGCAUAUCUACAAUACUUCCUGGUUGUACUAACAAAUUUACUAUGAACUAUUUGAUUUUAAGCAUUCAGUGAAAAAAAAAAAUCUUAAUUUUGAAUAAACUGUAUUUCUUCUUAUAAAUGCUCUUCAAUCCACCCCAGCUUUCGCAUCCUGAUAUUUUUCAGAAAAAAAAAAUCAACUAAAACUUACAGAUGACCACAUACCUUGUAUGCAGUCUCAGAGUACAGCACUAUAUGAGCCGUGCCAUGGGAAAACCAGCAUAGUGGGUGUGCGACCAGCAUGGAUCCAGACCAGCCUGCGCAUCCACGCAGUCUGGUCAGGCUCCAUGCUGUUCGCUUUUAAAGCCUAUUGGAAAUUGAGAAACUGUUAGCGAACAGCAUGGAUGCUGACCAGACUGCGCGAAUGCGCAGGCUGGUCUGGAUCCAUGCUGGUCGCACACCCACUAUGUUGAUUUUCCCAUGGCACGGCUCAUAUAUGGAUUCUAAAUACUAUUUUAAUCAGAUGGUUGCUUACAAGUACAUACCCCUUAUCAACAAUAUACUGUUUAUGUAUAUGAAUAAUUCAAUUGAGCAAUAUCUAAUUGUACAGGUUACGUACAGAAAUUCAUUUUAAUUUUGAGAAAAAAGAGAAAGUCCAUUUGGUGUUCACUUCUGUUUAAAACAGGUACUCAACUGAUAUAACCUAAAGAGAAAGUGCAGUGUAACCAAAUUAGAAUAAAUGUAUAUAAAAAUAUUGAAUUGCAUGGCAUCAUGUUGUUAAUUAUCCUUUUCACUUUACCUCAUUUAAUUUAUGUUAAAUAAUAACUUUUAGAGACCUUACUUUUGUCUUUGAUAUGCUUCCCAAAGUGGAAGCAUAUAGUCGCCACAUCGUCUGUGUCCACUGAAACCACUGGUUGGAAUUUAGCCAUACUUCAUAGGAAGGGUCAUCAUCUAGAUUGAGAUGUGCAUAUUAUUUUCAUGUUCCAGCCGAAGUAUUUUAUACUGAGUUAUUGCCCUCUGACUAUUCAACAGUAGUAUACUGUAGUACAAUUCUUGUCUGUAGUAUUUCUCAGCAGCCACUGGUUGGAAUUUAGCCAUACUUCAUAGGAAGCUUUAGUAUCAAGAUGAGAUAUGCAUAUUGUCUUCGUGUUUCAGUUGGAUGACUUUUCACUGAUUGAUUGCCUUUUGAUUAUUCAAUAUUGGUAAACUAUAGAGCCAUUAUAGUCAGGGGUAUUUCUCAGCAACCACUGCCUAGAAUUCAGCAAAAAUUCUUAGGACGCUUCACUCUCAAGAGGAGGUGCGCAUAUUUUCUACAUUAUCCAUUGGAAUGAAUGCAAAUUUUGGGGAGCAUCCAUUUUGUUUUACCGAUAUUUCUUGUUUUCAACAGCUAUAUAAAUUUGUGUUCAAAGGUGAAUUCUAAUGUCUCAUGAUCUAGUAUACUUGAAAUACAUGUGCCCCUAGCUGGCAUAUUCAUUCGCGAGGAACAUUCAUAAGGAUAAAUACAGUAUUCAACAAUGGUUGUUGAGGUUUCAUUUAAGUUUAGAAAUUUUGUCUGGCAUAUGUUUAAGAAAAUGGCAGUUAAAGACAGUUUGCGUACAAAAUGCCCAUCUCAACAGCAAGGCAGAAUUUCUCUUCGGUAGAUUGGAACUUUGUAACCUAAACAUAAAUUUAAAAAUGAUCCUAGAUAUGAUCAGGUCAUGACAGUCGCUGUAUCCAGGUUUAUACAGAAGGAAUAGUUCCAGGCUGCGGAAUUGUUUGGUUUGACUUUUAAAUUACAAUGCAGUACCGGUAGAUGUGUUUUGCCUCUAGACACUUGGAAAACAUCUAUAAUUUCUACAGUAAGAUUCCAAUAGACAUGACUGAUGACUUAAAGGUAAUUGCUUUAAAAAAAAUUUGCAUUUAUUUUCGGGGAAUUUUCAACACUGACAGCUAUACAUGAUUGAUUGAAUACCUGAAGCUGUAAGGCUGUAUCGACCUGGAAGCACUGUAGACUCUUAGAAGAGACUGCCAUCAAAGUCCUUGAAAUUAGACAUGGGAAACCAGACAUGAAAUCCAAACAUGGGUGGAACCUGACACAACCAUUGCCCAAAAGUAAAUUUAACAUACCUGCCAAAUAAUUACAUCACAUGUCACAAGAUUUUAUGUAUAAGGGAAUAUGAUGAUCAGACUAAAAAAGGACUGUAUAUAACUGGGUUGUAUUAACAAUUGUACUGAAAUUGGUAUUUACGAUAGAGAACCAAUGUCUGAAACUACUUUGUCUCAGUUCAUUGUGCUUUAUAUAAUGUUCAUUAAAAAGUCCCAUACUAAAGUAAUAUGAUUUAUAUGUUGUUAUAUAUAUAUAUUAAAGCCAGUUUAUUAACUAUAUAUUAGUUCUACUUGUGUUGCUGUAUUUUGCCAGUACUGUAUGUAUCUGAGUUUUUUACGUUUUCAUGUUUUGUUUUAUACAUGUAGUUUGUUUGCAGGCUUUAUGUUAACGACAGCUCUUGAAUUAUCAUAAAAUCUUGCCUUCAGAUUAUGUUUGUUAAAGAAUUAUGAUUUUUACUUAAGUUUUUCCAACAAAGUCUCUUAGGUACCUAUAUUUAUUUUUGAAACGUGCAGCGAUAAGUCCACUUUGUCACUUAACCCACUAUUUCAGGGGAUAUAACAUGAAGCACAACAAAUUUGCAUUACAAAACCUGCUUUUCUCCCUUGACUUGCUCUGACUAAUGGUCAUAUGAUAUAUAUUGCUGUUUAGACUGGCAACAUGGCAGAUAUUUGCACUAUAGAAUAGCGUUAUGGCAGUUACAUGUACCAUGAAAUCAUACAAAUUUCAAAGGUACAAAAUUUUGCAAUUUUGCCCCAAAUGGCUAUUUCAUUGGCAUUUGACUUUGUGGAUUUCCUCUUUAUCAUGAUAAAAGGAUAUGAAUUUUGCUUGGUCAUUGUGAUUCAAUCAUGUAGAUUGACACAACCACAAAAUCCUACAAAAUAGGUCUCCCAGGAGUAUUAAUGAUUUCAGAGUAUUUGAUAAGUAAAUACAAAUAAUGUCUUUUCCUAAUGUAUUAAAUAGUGCUACUUCAUUCUGUGUCAUUGUUUUUGUUUCCGGAUGAAUUUCCAAUGUGUCACAAUCCACAGUUUUCCAAGGGAGUUUAUCUGAACGAUUAAAUUCUUAGGUGUAAAAUUGAUUUCUACCACUGACUUGAAGGAUAAACACUUAAUGUUUUUGUACAUGACAUAGAACAUAAUAUUAUAGAAUAUGAUGAUGUUGUAAACACCAUAACUAAGGUGAAUAUACAGGUAUUGACCUAGAUACAAAUACCAGAUUAUCAUUAAUACACCUAGGUGUUACUCUUAUAGAACUAAGGUGUGUAUUCCUUAACUUGUAAAAACUUUUCUAGCAGUAUGUUGUGUUUUCGUUUAGUCAGCUUUAUGUUAAUUUCAAAUCAAUUUAUACAGUUAAAACUUGAUAAUUUGAUAUUGUUGAUAGUCACUAGCCUGCAAUUAGUUUAGUUUAUACCAAUCUAUUUUAGGUCCAUUGUGAUGAAAGCUUCAGGCUUAUCUGAACCUCUCCCGAGUCUACUUUCUGCAAAAAACCAGUAGUGUCGUCAUAUUAGGAUGCAUGGUCUUGACCCUAGUGGGGCUCAAACCCAUCAAACCCACCACCUCCAGUAUGAGUGGCUGACACCUUAACCUAUAGACCACCACUUCCCUUGAUUAGCCUAUAAUUAUGAUCAUAUAGGCUAUAGAUUGUCAACAACAUCAAAUUAUCAAGUUUUUACUAUAGUCUUUAUAUUUACUUUGUUUAAAACAGAACCCAACAUGUUAUAGUUUUGAAACAUUGAGAAAUAGCACUAUUUUAAACUAAAAUAGAGUUAUGAAAACACUGGAAAGUCACGAUCUAGUAUCGCAUGAUUGAAGCCGGCCUUCAACUUUUUUUGUUACUGUAAAGAAAAUACUUUUACAUUAACAGUUCUAUAAUGUUUUUCUGAUAUCAAAUUAAAGUCUGUCAUGCGUAUAAAACUGUGCAUACAGAAGAAAUAGUACGAUCUUGAUCCUGAUUCAAGUCUUAAGUUCAAACAGAGGUAGUUUAAAGAGACAUACCAGAUUUAUGGCAAUAUUUUUAAUAGAAGAUUAGAAAAUACAUUCAGUUGUCGGUAUUAGCUUAUGAAAAAUUAAAAGAUACUGAUUCAAGUCCUAACUUUAAAUGGAGAUAGUUUAAGGGGACAAGACAAAUUUCUAUCAACAUCCUUUAAAUAAUAGAAGUUAAGAAAAUGCAUUGAGUUGUCGGUAUUAGUUUAUGAAAAAUUAAAAGAUACUGAUUCAAUUCCUAACUUUAAAUGGAGAUAGUUUAAAGGGACAAGACAAAUUUCUGUCAACAUCUUUAAUAGAAAUUAAUGGCAAUAUUUUUAAUAGAAGAUUAGAAAAUACAUUCAGUUGUCGGUAUUAGCUUAUGAAAAAUUAAAAGAUACUGAUUCAAGUCCUAACUUUAAAUGGAGAUAGUUUAAAGGGACAAGACAAAUUUCUGUCAACAUCUUUAAUAGAAAUUAAAAAAAUACAUUCAGUUGUUGGUAUAAGUUAAUGAAAAGAAAAAGUGUAUUGAUUUAACAUCUAACAGCUUCAAAAUGGGGGGUAGUUCAAAGGGACAUGCUAGCUUUAUGCUUUAUGUCAACAUUUUCAAAAUCAGAAAAUAGAUUCAGGUCUCAGUGCUAGUAAAAUGAAGAGUAAAAAGAAAGUUAUAUGGUCAGUGUAUAAAACAUGCAUGUAUAUCGCUAUUAUAUAGAAUGGCUUUUUUCGUUUCCCACAAUAGAAUGUGAUGUAAAAGUAUAAGAAAUAUAGAGCUCAUAGAAUAGAACAGAAGAGUUACCAGAGUUUAUUUUGACUUGUACAAAGUACAUAAUUUGUAACAUAUACAUAGUAUAUUUACAAUCACAUAAUCAAAGAUUAGUUUAUAAAUAUUUCACAAGAAGUUACAUGUCUUUACACAGCUGAGGAUGAAUAGUGUAAACUUAAUUUGUAAUAGUGUCUGGACUAGAGCUUCUCUUAGACUGUGCAGUUUUACAGUAUAAUGCUAAUCUAUACAUGUAUUCCUGAAAUAUCUAUUUAUCAACUUGGAUUACGAUUUCUAAUACAUGUCCCAAUGUGUUUUGAAAUUGGGGCGUUUACCCAGCUUCUCAUUCCUUUAAAACCAUGUUUUAGUAUAUCGAUUGUGCAUUCUUCCUGCACCUGUUUUUAGCUAUUUACUUUUCAUUGUUGCUUCCUUAUCACUUUCAGUUACCAAGCUCUUAUUGGUAGAUCAGACUAAAUCAUAUUUUAGGUUGCAGUUUUAUAUAUUUUUCAUGCUCCUAUACAAGCAAGUAAAACAGAUGUUGAGCUUUGUUGGUUUUUGCUAUAAUCUAGCCCAGUUUCCUUCCAUAUUUUUUUUUUGUUGUUAAAAAAAUUUCAUAUUUAGAGUAUAAUUGAAGAGCAAAAAUUUGCAUAUCCAUGUAUAAUCAGCUUUAGAUGAAUGUUCUUUUUAAUAUAACUCGAUAGGAAGUAUCUUUCCAUGAGAAAGUGGGGACUUCCGUCCUUGUAUACAAUAUAAACUGUUACGAGGAAGAGUGAGAAUGUUGUCUAAGGACAUAAGUCACUGGUUAUGACGUUAAAUAUCUGACUUGCAAAACCUCCAUACCAGUUUAAUGUACAAUUUAUUUUUACAGGCUAACAUUAGUUUCACAUAAAAAUGACAAUGUGUAAUGUUAUUGCAUAUGUAGAGAUCUGCAUCUGUGACUGUGGAAUGUUGUUCAUACCUGAGAAACCACUGGAUAGUGAGCAGCUGCUUUAAGCAGAUUUGUUUUUUACCUUUUGACAUCAUUUUUCCUCAAAUUGUUCACAAAUAAAUUGGUUCUUACAUUAUUAUGAAAGUUAUAUAAUUAUACAUUAGGAGAUAUUAAUUUUAGCAUGCUUUUAAACAUAUAAAUAAUUCAAUGCUGUUAGAUAUUUAAAUGACCGUAUGUUAUCAGUUGCCAGGUUCAUUCUUUCACAGGCUUGUGUUCAAAUUUAGCAUUAUAAUUGGUGUAAGUUGGCAUGAAUUCAAAAAGUAAUGCCAAUUUUUUGGUAACUAAUACCAGUAUGCUUUAGAAAGCUGUCCACAUUUUGUAUGCCAUCAACAUAUAUUUAUGUCAAGGCAAAUUAUAUAAUAAUCUAUAAAUAUCUUCAGUUUUGCACCAUCAAAAGUUUGUAUUUUGUCAAGUUUAUGCAUUAUUUCCAGCAUUUGAAUAAUUGUCCUCGAUAACCCUUGUACCCACAAUGCCUGGUGUGACUCACUAACAUGUGAUCAUAAAUACAUAUGUGUAAUGUAAUUCAAACCAAUACUUUAUGACGAGGAACAGCAUAUGAAGAUAGCCUUUACAUGUUUAUAAUGCAUGUAACAUAGUUACACAAUCAUUUGAGGAAGACCAGAUUGUGGCUGCGAAACUAAAUUCAAAAAGCUCACAGUUGUCCAUGGUAAUUUAUAUAUACAAUGUAUAUAUGAAAAUUGACAGACCUUUGAAAAUACCAUUUUUAUUAUUGUUGAUAUUUGACCGAUCAUAACAAAGUCUGCAUAGUUUAAUUAGCGAGUAAUAAGACUGUACAAGGGUAUGCAGUUCUGAUUUUGAAUAUUUAUUUUAAAAACUUCAAAAAUGGAGUUGAAAGAAUCUGUAAAUGUACUAUAUACAUAGGUUAUUUAUUUUUGUAUUAACUUGGUGCAAUUAUUCAAUGCAAACUGCUGUCUGUCCUUUUCGCUGUGAAUCUGGCUUGUACAAAUUUCAUGUUAUAUAAUUGUAUAUAUAUAGGAGACUUACUUUAAACAUUAAUACAUGUAUUAUUAUGUUUAAUGAUAGGCGUGUGCUUUUUUAUAGAGCUUUUUCUGUACUAUAGAUGGCAUAAUAUUGUGUUUAAAUACUUUUCUGUGAGUUAUGUAUGUCAGUGUUUAAAACUUUGUGCAGUCAGCUUCCUCAUUUAGUAAAGACCAUUAAAUCUUAUGCAUUGAUCUAAGACAAUAUGCUAGAAGUAAAACUUUGUCACAAGAUAAGAUUAUGGCUCAUUAAGUGUUUGCAACUUGACCUGCUCUGUACAAUAUGGCUGAACCUUGAAACCUGAAGCCAAGAUACAAAGUUUAUAUUUGACCUAAUACUUGUGUAUUUAUAAAAGUGGGUUAGAUAUAAAGAAUCGAGCUUUACUUCUGUUAUUGACAAAUAUCCAUUUGUUCAGGUUUAAACCCGUUUAAUUCCACAGGGACAUGUGAAAGUGCUUAUUUUAGGAUAACGUGCUUGUCAAAUUUAUUUAUUGAUAAGGGUUAGAAAUAUCAUUCAGCUUGUGAAUAUGUGCACCUGGAUUUUUCUUGGGAUUUCACUCUGCAAGACCAGAUUUAUAACACCUAGUCCAAAAUAUACAUCUUAUGCCCUACAUAUCUCAAAAAGUGUUUGGCCUGGAUUCAUGAAACUUGAAAGGAAUAAUGUUCAGCAUGGGAAGUUGUGCAGCUUAGAUUUUAUUUCAGAUUUCACUGAAGUCCCCACCCCUCUCGACACACCCUCCUAAAAAAUUCUGUUUCUUUCAUAGUGUAAUUAGGCCAGAGGAUCUCAUCAUUAUUUGCAUUAUUGUGUUGUGAAUUAUCCAAUCCUCUUACCUGUACAUAACCUCAGGUAAUUUAAUCAUGUAGAACUUGACAAAGGAGAUUGUGCAUAUUUGACCUUGUUGACUUCUGGGAUCAUUAUUCAAAACCCUAAUUUCUGGUUAAAACCCCCCCCCCCCCCAAAAAAAAAAAACAACAAAACCCACAGCAUUGGCUCUUAGUUUGCUCUGCAUUGGAGGAAAGAGGUGUGUUUUAUUGACAUCUUUUAUGAGCUCUUGUGUUUCUAAAUUGAGAAUAAAAUUAAGUAAAAGGGAAAUACCGUCUUCAUUUGAAAUUAUUUCAGAAGUGUAUAAUAAAAGUCGCCCCAUUUUACCAGUUUACUGAAAAAGUAAAAAGAAGACAAGUCUGGUUUUGCUAGUGGAAAAAGCUGUAAUUUGGCCAGUCUUAGAGCGAUGUACCAGGUAACGAAAGUAUGUCAACAGUAGCCGCAAAUCUAAUGUAAAUAAUGUUUUUCUUUUUCGUCUUUACCCUUAGUGACACAAGGCAGGACAUAAAAAUAAAACCCUUAUGAUAGCUUAAAGCUGUUUUAUGUGUGUUUCAAUUUAAACAAAAUUAGUUAUGAAUUUAAAUCCAUGUGGUUAAGCUUUAUCUUGUUGUCUCACUUUUAUUUCUGGGUUAAAUAUGUUGUGUGUCACUGUUGCGAAUGUGUGUCACUAUCUUUUAAUGUGUCUAAGAUGUUUCCUCCCUAGAGUUAACAGCGUUUCAUGUAUAUCAACCCUUUAAAUAGAAUUUUCACCAACGAAAAUAUAGAAUGCUCUGUAUAUAUGUAUGAAAUGAACAAAAAUCUAUUAAAUAAAUAAAAGAAAACACUGCAUUCAGUCGUUCUGCCUUUUUAUUAAUUUAUUUCAAACAGUUUUAAAACGUUGCGAACUUCAAAAGUUAAAACCUGUCUUUGCACCAAAGUUAAACAGUCAAAGUUUCAUUUAAAAUAAUCGACAGGUCAUGCUUGAUUGAGUGUUUAAGACUGGAGUUCUUUGUCGUAGUGCCAUUCGCCAUGGCCUGGACCGAGACGUUUCAGGUUUGUGAUGCGGUCACUGAUCUCCUUGAUUGCAUCGACCUGUUCCUCCAGGUACUCGGACUCCAAGAAG